AAGAUGGCGAAGGUGACGCUAAAGAGUGCAGAGGGCGAUGUGUUUGAGGUUGAUGAAGAGUUAGCUUUGGAAUCUCUGAUGGUGAAAAACAUGAUUGAGGACGUUGGGUUAGAUUCGGCGAUAUCUUUACCCAAUGUUUCCAGCCCUAUCCUGGCCAAGGUGAUUGAAUACAUCAAGUUUCAUAUGGACGCUCAAAAGGACGGGAGUAAGAAGACCAGCGAGGAGAUCAAGGCUUUUGACGACGACUUUGUUAAUGUUGGUAUUCCCACGCUCUUUGAAAUGGUAUUGGCCUCAAACUAUCUCAACGUCAAGAGUUUGCUGAGUUUAACGUGCAACACUGUUGCCAACAUGAUCAAGACCAAGCCACCUGCAGAAGUUAAGGAGAUGUUCACAUCUGCUAAACAAGCUAAAGCGUGA